CCUUAUCACACCACCACUCUCUCAUCGUUGCUAGGCAUGACGAAUCCCAUCCAGCACCAGGCGGUGAAUUUCGCGGCCCCCAGAGGGUUUGCCGCUGCCCUGAAAGCCGAUUGCAAAGAAACAUUCUUCCCCGAUGACCCCUUCCAUAAGUCGAAACAUGAAAAGCCUUUAAGCAAACUCAAGAAAACAAUCCAAUACUUCAUCCCCUUGUUUGAAUGGUUACCCAACUAUAAUCUACGUCUGUUCAGAUACGAUUUACUCGCCGGUAUCACCAUUACCGCCCUUGCAAUCCCUCAAGGCAUUAGCUACGCCAAACUCGCUAAUAUUCCUCCAAUCUACGGCCUCUAUUCGAGCUUUAUACCGCCUUUUGUUUACGCCAUUUUCGGGAGUUCAAAGCAUCUUGCAGUGGGAACAGUGGCGGCAUGUUCACUGCUUUUAUCUGAAACCAUUGGAGCCAAAGCAUCACCGAAAGAUAAUCCCACAUUGUAUCUUCACUUGAUUUUCACAUCCACUUUCUUCACCGGGGUUUUCCAGACUGCUUUAGGCUUUCUGAGGCUGGGAAUUUUGGUUGAUUUCUUAUCACAUUCUACCAUCACUGGUUUCAUGGGAGGGACGGCUAUAAUAAUCUGCCUCCAACAACUGAAAGGCAUAUUUGGUGUAAAACAUUUCACCACUCACACCGAUGUUGUGUCCGUUCUUCAAGCAGUUUUUCGUCACAGGGACGAGUGGAGGUGGCAAAGUGCUGUGGUUGGUAUCAUCUUCCUUGUUUUCCUCCAAUUCACUCGAUACGUGAGACAAAAAAGGCCAACACUAUUUUGGGUGUCAGCUAUUGGUCCAAUGGUGGUUGUCGUGGUUGGUUGUCUUUUUGCAUUUUUUGCCCAUGCAGAGAAACAUGGAAUCGACAUCGUUGGUGACUUGAAGAAGGGAUUGAAUCCUCCCUCAAUUCAAUAUCUGAACUUCGAUCGCCAAUACCUUCCCGUAACUGUGCGUGCCGGUAUUGUCACUGGUCUUAUUGCAAUGACUGAAGGGAUAGCAAUAGGACGAAGCUUUGCCAUAAUGAAAAAUGAACAAACUGAUGGGAACAAGGAAAUGAUAGCCUUUGGUUUCAUGAACAUUAUUGGAUCUUUCACUUCAUGCUACUUGACAACGGGGCCGUUCUCGAAAACAGCAGUGAAUUUCAAAGCCGGGUGCAGGACGGCAAUGUCAAAUGUCAUAAUGGGGCUUUGCAUGAUGCUGACACUCCUUUUCUUGGCUCCUCUCUUCAGUUACACUCCUCUCGUUGCUCUAUCCGCCAUUAUCAUGUCUGCAAUGCUUGGACUGAUCAAUUACAAGGAGAUGAUUCACCUCUUGAAAGUAGAUAAAUUCGACUUCGUCAUCUGCAUGGCUGCUUUCCUAGGUGUCAGCUUCAUUAGCAUGGAUAUCGGCCUCAUGCUUUCCGUGGGACUUGCGUUACUCAGAGCACUAUUGUAUGUGGCAAGGCCUGCUGCUUGUAAGCUUGGAAAAAUCCCAAACUCCAGCUUAUAUCGUGACACACAACAGUACCAUGGCUCAACUCCAAUACCAGGAAUCCUUGUUCUUCAACUUGGUUCCCCUAUUUAUUUUGCAAACUCCACCUACAUAAGAGAAAGGGUUAUGAGGUACAUACAGGAGGAACAGGGUGAUUCAGAUUCUAAAACAGAUGUGAUAGAGCAUCUUUUAUUAGAUUUGUCAGGGGUUUCAUCCAUUGACAUGACGGGUAUCGAAACGUUUGUCGAGUUACGUAGAAUUCUGGGCUCAAAGGGUAUCAAGUUAAUAAUUGUGAACCCCAGGCUUGAAGUUAUGGAGAAACUGACGUUGGCGAAAUUCACAGACGCCAUUGGGAAGGAAUCCUUCUACUUGUCUAUUGAAGAUGCAGUCCAAAGUUGUCGGUUUUCACUCCUUUCUAACAAAACGACCAUGGAAGAAUCCUCAAACGGCGCCCAAACUAUUGUUUAAAAGACAAGGCUGGCUUAUAUGGAAGACCAAGUAGUUGUUAUUGUGUAAAAGGAUGAGCAACAUGAGAUAAUAGUUAUGUUGGAAAAAUAUUAUAGAUUUUGUAUCCUUCCGUCUACUCAGCUUGUAAUUCAAUCGUAUUUUAUA